AUGAAAGAAAUUAAAAAAACAACUCUCCCUUUUCUAGAAAUCAGGAAAAUAGUCAACUUGAAAGGAAGAGACCUCCUCUGGAGAUUAGCUCUUAAAGCUCUUCCAAAGAUCCACAACGCCCCUUGCAUCUGGUGUAACGAACAGGAAACCUCAGAACACAUCUUCUUCAAAUGCAAAUCACACAUUAAAGAAACUCAAGAGUGCAUCAACUACAUUCAAGAAAAAUCUGGAGGAUCCAGAAUCAAUUGGGGAAUAGAAAUCUUCAACAGACUAGACAUUCCAUUAACAGCCAACGCCAUAGCCAUUAUUUGCGAAAACAUCUGGAGAAGAAGAAACAAGAAAAUCCACAACACUCAAAAACUUAAGAAAACAACUAAAGAAAACUCAAACAGCAGCCUGGGAAAGAACAAAAAACAACAUAUAGAAACUAAUCAGACAAGAAAAAAAAGCAACCAACAAAGAACAAAUAAAAUAAUUUAA